UCUGCGCCCGGGCCGCCCUCUCUGGGUAUAAACGUAACACGCGCGCUCCCUGGCUCCAACACGCCUCCUACGAGACAAGCAGAUCGUCGCGACUCUCUUUGGACCCUCCUGCCUCACCUCGGCUCCAAAUGGACCCCAACUGCUCCUGCUCCCCUGGCGGCUCCUGCACCUGUGCCAGCUCCUGCACAUGCAAAAACUGCAGAUGCACCUCCUGCAAGAAGAGUUGCUGCUCCUGCUGCCCUGUGGGCUGUGCCAAGUGCGCCCAGGGCUGCAUCUGCAAAGGGGCGUCUGACAAGUGCAGCUGCUGUGCCUGAUGUCAGGGAGACCCUGCCCCAGAUGUAAAUAGAGCAACGUGGACAAGCCUGCAUUUAUUAUUUUUCAUACAACCUAACCUGAUGUUACAUUCCCUUUUUCUAUGAAAUCUUUGAAUGACAAUAUAGUUACCUAGACUCUCUGGCUUCAAA